GGAUUUCGACAAUCGUCAUCUUUGGUCAAAUCAGCCUUUGCUCUAAGUGUCAUAUCUUUGCUGUUGUGAUAGGUGUUGCUUUCUUUUUCCGGUUUGGUGGCGUGUAGUGCUUGUUGAAUUCGACGAUUGAGGCAGAUAUCCAAAUUCAUCGAGGAUGUUGAUGCCAAAGAAGAAUAGAGUUGCUAUUUACGAAUACCUUUUUAAAGAAGGUGUUAUGGUCGCCAAGAAAGAUUUUCAUGCGCCGAAACAUCCUGCUCUCGAACUACAAACCAUACCUAACCUUCAGGUGAUAAAAGCCAUGCAGUCAUUGAAGUCAAGAGGAUAUGUAACAGAGCAGUUUGCUUGGAGACAUUUUUAUUGGUACCUUACAAAUGAAGGCAUAACAUACUUAAGAAGUUAUCUUCAUCUCCCAGCUGAGAUUGUUCCAUCAACUCUGAAACGCCAAGCACGGCAGGAAACUGCUCGACCGAGGCCGAGUGCUCCUCGCUCUGAAGCUGCCAGGCCAGCUGAAGACCGUGCUGCGUACAGGCGGGCCCCAGGUGCUGCUGCUGCAGGCCCAGACAAGAAAGCGGAUGUUGGUGCAGGGACAGGAGAACUUGAAUUCCGUGGCAGUUUUGGAAGAGGACGGGGAGCACCUCAGUGAUCUGUGGCUGAUUUGUAAAAUACAUUUUUAUGCCUAAAAUAAAAAAGUUGAAAUAUU